AUGAAGCUCUGUGCCGUGCUGCUGCUGGCCGGGCUCGCCAGCCUGGCCACUGCCCGCCCCGUGGAGGAGCCGAGUGCAGAGGGGCUCCUGGCGGAGCUCGGCAACCUGCUGGACCCCGCGGAGCUGCUGGAGCCCAAGGAGGAGCCCCUGGAGCUGCUGGAGCCCAACGAGGAACCCCUGGAGCUGCUGGACCCCAAUGAGGAACCCCAUGAGCUGCUGGACUCCAAUGAGGAACCCCUGGAGCUGCUGGGGCUGCUGGACCCCAGCGAGGAGCCCCAUGAGCUGCUGGAGCCCAACGAGGAACCCCACGAGGUCGAGGAUCCUGAGGUGAGCCCCGAAGAGUCUGAGGAGAGCCCAGAGGAGUCUGAGGAGUCUGAAGAGAGCCCUGAAGAGUCUGAGGAGUCUGAGGAGAGCCCAGAGGAGUCUGAGGAAUCUGAGGAGAGCCCUGAAGAGUCUGAGGAACCUGAAGAGAGCCCUGAGGAGUCUGAGGAGAGCCCAGAGGAGUCUGAGGAACCUGAAGAGAGUCCUGAGGAGUCUGAGGAGAGCCCUGAAGAGUCUGAGGAGAGUUCUGAGGAGUCUGAGGAGUCUGAGGAGAGCCCUGAGGAGACUGAGGAACCCGAAGCAAGCCCCGAAGAGUCUGAGGAUCCUGAAGAGAGUCCUGAGGAGUCUGAGGAACCCGAAGCGAGCCCCGAGGAAUCCGAGGAAUCUGAGGAGAGCCCCGAGGAGUCUGAGGAACCUGAAGCGAGCCCUGAAGAGCCCGAGGAUCCUGAAGAGAGUCCUGAGGAGUCUGAAGAACCCGAAGCGAGCCCCGAGGAAUCUGAGGAAUCUGAGGAGAGCCCCGAGGAGUCUGAGGAACCUGAAGCGAGCCCUGAAGAGCCCGAGGAUCCCGAAGAGAGCUCUGAGGAAUCAGAGGAACCUGAAGCCAGCCCUGAGGAAUCAGAGGAAUCUGAGGAGAGCCCCGAGGAGUCAGAAGAUCCCGAGGAGAGCUCUGAGGAGUCCGAGGAGCCCGAAGCCAGCCCUGAGGAAUCCGAGGAACCUGAAGCAAGCCCUGAGGAGUCUGAGGAAUCUGAAGAGAGCCCUGAAGAGUCCGAGGAAUCUGAGGAGAGUCCAGAGGAGUCUGAGGAACCUGAAGCCAGCCCAGAGGAGACUGAGGAACCCGAGGAGAGCCCCGAGGAAUCCGAGGAAUCUGAGGAGAGUCCAGAGGAGUCUGAAGAACCUGAAGCCAGCCCAGAGGAGUCCGAGGAUCCCGAAGCCAGCCCAGAGGAGUCCGAGGAAUCUGAGGAGAGCCCCGAGGAGUCUGAGGAACCUGAAGCCAGCCCAGAGGAGACUGAGGAACCCGAGGAGAGCCCCGAGGAAUCCGAGGAAUCUGAGGAGAGCCCCGAGGAGUCUGAGGAAUCUGAGGAGAGCCCUGAGGAAUCAGGAGAUCCCGAGGAGAGCUCAGAGGAGUCUGAGGAGCCUGAAGCACACCAUGAAGAGCCUGAGGAUCCUGAAGCCAGCCCAGAGGGGUCCGAGGAUCCUGAAGAGGGCCCCGAGGAGGCAGAGGAGCUCAGCCUGGACCCGAGUGUCCUGGUGGAACUGGCAGACAAACUGAAAGAGGCGCAGGAAAGCGAGAAGAACGAGGGGGUGCUGUCUCAUCUCAUGGACGCGAUUAACUGGCUGGUGACCCACCUGAGCAAUCACCUGUUCGGGUGAGCAGUGAGCAGCGAGCAGGGCACGGAUCCCGCCGAGCUCCCGGCUCGUCCCGCGGCUUUCCCGGACCCAG